GGUAGUGGCGUGCGUGAAGUGGGUGACGCGGUGACCGAAGCAGACAGACAUGCAGUGGGUACGGUACCUCAUACUCGCGUCGGUGCUCCUGCUGGCGACGGUGGCGGAGGCAGAGCGGAAGAGACCUGGCAAAGCGAGACAUUCGGGAAAGGGGAAUAGGAAAAAUAGAGACUCUGAGAUGGAAAGGGAAGCUGAAUACCCUAAUGAAACAGAGGCAGCAGAGCAGACCUACCAUGAGGCUCACCUCCGUCACCAUCAUCGUCUUCCGGCGCCGUCGCCGCCGUACUGUUGCGAUCAGUUGGAAAUUCGGAAGAACCUUAGAAUAGAGCAGAUAAAAGAUCGUGUUCUUAGAGCCACGGGCCUGCUAACACCUCCUAACAUGACCGGUGUAGUGAUAUCUCAAAAUCCCAACAUCCAAGGCAUUAUCGAAUCCAUGAAUACAACAGAACCGCAACAAGCUUUUAUGCAAGAACCACCCUACAAUGAUGACGAACCGGAAGUCAAAACCGAGAAGAUCUUUUCUCCAGUAGAACCAGGUAACAACUACACUUCACAAUCAGUUAUCAGUGAUGCAACACAGGCACGCAUCUGCAGUUUUGUUCAUUCUCAUGUUAAACUCACACUGAUCCUUCUGCUUUAUGCUGCAGCCACUAUAUUUACAUAUCCAUGUGAGCAGGAUACGAUGUGCCACCUCCACACUCCACCCACUAUCCAUGAUGGCAUCUAUAUUCCUAGUCUCUUGAGUAUCUUUUCUGUGAAUAUCUCUCGCUCUGUAUCUUAUGCUUCUUCAGUAUCUAGUCUUGUUUGGCGCCAGAGCUCGCGGAUACUGCGAGCCGAAUCUGAGACACAUCAGGAGUUUCCUUUGGGACACGGCGAAGGCGCGUGUGUGAGGUGUUGGAUUGGGAUCACUGAGGUGACAGUGAGGGAAUGGUGA